AUGCCGCAGCUCCAGAGCAUGGUCCGGACCACGUGGUACGGCAAGGACAGCUACUUCUACGUGCGCGGCGACCCCAGCGCGCCUCAGACUUGCGCGCUCAACCAGGUGCUGUCGCAGAUGCCGCCCUACCGCAUGCGCGGCCCCCAGUCCGCUGCGCCCGUGUCGGGUGCAGAGCGCCGCCUGACGUCCUCGCCGUCGCUCGUUGCGCACAGCGUUGAGCUGAUCAGGGUGGUGAACACAACGGUCGGGGCGUUGCUGAACUACUCCGCGGAGCUGCCGAUCGAAGUUUCGGGGCAGCUGCCGUCCAUCCAUGUCAACGCGACCAUGAAUGGGCUAGCGUGCGGAAUCGUCAGCACCUCGCCCAUGGACCUGGGGAAGCUGGGUCAGGGGCCAACGGGCUGGUAUGCGGAGGCGACGGCCGUGGACCUCGACGUGGUUUUGGGAAAGCUCUGGACCAUGCAGAGCUCCCAGGACCUCGAGCUGGUCGCUCAGGUGCGCGAAGGGGACAGUCUCCUCGGCGACAUGCUGGCCGGGCUGCGCUUCAACCUGACAGGUCCCGCCGAUGGUGCUGGACGCCGUCUUCUGGGGCAGCCAGAGCCUUCGGGCGAAGGCUCUGGCCUCGACGCGGCUCUGGAGGUGGACAGCACCCCGGAGGCGGUGCUUGUGCAGGGCAGGAGACUCGUGAGCAUGAACCUGGGGCUUCCCGUGGGCAUCGGGAACGUGACCUUUCAGCUGAGGGACCACCUGGACCGCCCCGCCGCCUCGGUCCUCCUGCAGCAGACCGGGCCCCUGGCCAGAGAGCUCGCCGUGUCUUACAGCAUCCGGGUGGAGGGCCAGGAGCAGGGGGAGGCGGCGCGGGCGCUCCUGCGGACCCUGGCCGGCAGGCAGGGCGGCUCGGUCGGGCUUCGCGACGGCCAGAUCGCGAGGCGCGACGAGGAGUUCUUCUGGGAGGGCGCGGGCCUGUCGUCCCUCCUCGACAGCGGCUGCCAGGGGCAGGGGUCGGCCGGGUGCGCGGCCAGCGGCCCCGCUCUGCGCGACCGCGUCGCCUGCCUCGCCGACCGCGCGGCGCUGCCGGACGCCGACGUCGGCCCCGCGUGCGCCGAGGCGCUGGCGCUGGCGUCGGCGGGCCCGUUCGACGUGCUGAUUCCGAGCACUUGA